UCGAGUUUUUGAGUCAUGGAGUUUGAUUAUUGUCUUCAAAGCAGCGGUGAUCAUGAUCAGGAAAUGGAGAUUAUGAGGCAAAAUCUUGAUAUUAAUCAGCUUGAUGGUGAUGGUGAAGAGGAUGAUAUCUUCUAUGCAGAGAUUCGAAGACAGAUUUUGCUAUUGACAGCAGAUGAUGAUGAAGAAGUGGAAGAAGAAGAAAAUUUUAAUGAAAGCAGAAAUAGUAUUCAUCCAAACUCUUGGAGUGCCUCAAAAGAACGUCUAAAAGGUUCAAAAGGUAGAUGUUAUCCAUGUGAGUAUAAUUGUAAUUUCAAUAGGUGGGAGAAUAAGAAAGUUGCUGCUGAUUCAAUACCCAAUUGGCUUGCAAACUUGUGGAAGAAUAAUGGUAAUGGAACUGGGGUCUUCAUCCCUCAGACUAAUACAUCCAAAAGAAAUCAGAGGCUGAGAAAGAUGAACCGUGAGAGGACAAAGAUAUACAGGCCUGUGGGGAACAAGUCCUAAUGAUUUACGGGAAAGCGCACGCUUCUCAAGGGACUAGAUACCAAUAAUUGGACCACAUAUUAUGCAUAAAGAUACAAAUUUGCAAAUAAUAUUAGAAUGGGAUUGGAUAAGCAUAUAUAGCUACAUUAGUUAUUUAGCCAAAAAAAAAAAAAAAAAAAAAAAAGCUACAUUAGUUACAGUUAAAAGCUUGUACUAAUGUGUACUUUUCAUUAAUUAUUGAAAUGACAAUAACAAAUCAAUUUUUGAUGUACCAGUCAGGUAAUCUAGAAAAUAAAAAAGUUAUUGAACAACAAUCAAGAAUUCAAGAUUGCCUAAAAACUAAAGAAUGGGAAAAAGGCCAAAUGGACGGUCAAAGACUCAAGAGUUACGGGUUCUAUUGUCAUUAUUCUCUAAAAU